CAGGAUGGUUGUACGGAGGACAUGUUAUCGAGGUUGCGCUGGACUCCCACUAAUAAUCAUGUACCGGGAAGCGUCCGAGAGGGGCAGAGGAAUGUUCAGGGCAGAGCACUUACUUGGUGAGAGAUGUACACAAGCCGCGUUACCUAGUUUUAAACGUGCAAGUUCAUCCGGCACUCAUGCAACAUGCUUCUCGCUAUUAUCACGUUUCCUGAGUGGGUGCGACAUCGGCGCCAGCCGAUGCCCUUCAAGAUGCACCCUCGGCAAGCCGUAGCAUCGGGAUCCACAGGCCUUCGGGGUCGGGCUGGUUCGCGAUGUUGCAUCGGCUCCAUUCAGUUUGUCAGCAUCAGCAUUUUUUACUGGUUCGCAGAACAACAGGAUUCGAUUCCUGUUACAGGAAUUUCGAAGGGCGCAACAAUGACAUCUGCUUUCUUGUCACUACCGUACCCAUGGCGAGCCGGUCGGAUGGAAGCCGCGUCCCGGUGCCGAGAGCCGAGGACUUAUAUCGGGCCUGGCUGGGCCCAUCUGAAGGGUGAUAGCUUUUUCUCCGGAGAUCUGCGUUGCUGUGCUUGGGUUGAUGAGUCAAAACUACAUUCCAUUACAUUAUGUCCCCGGCCCGCACGCACUGCUUCCCAGUUCGAGACGAGAUUAUAUCUUUCAGCUUCAGCUUUGCGGUCCUUUGACUUAUUAGUCUCGCCUGACUGACGGCAGAGCUUUACACAGUACACUUUCUUCCGCUUGGUCCCCCGCUCUUUGAUACGGGGGUGUGGGUGCGGUUGGGAUUCAUACUCACUC